AUGGGACAAUCACAGUCUAAACCCAAUCGCUUUUUUAAUGAUGAAGAAAUUAAAAUGAUUGCCCAAGUCUAUAAUCAAGAGGGGUUGGAUGCAGUACUUCCAUUGAUUAAAGACAAAUGUGACAAUUUGGACAAUGAAAAAGUCACAAUUGCAGUGACAGGAGAAUCAGGUGUGGGCAAAUCUGCCUUCAUUAAUGCCAUGAGAGGCCUGGGACCCAAUGAUGAAGGAGCAGCUGAAGAAGGUAUAAUUGAGCAAACCUCAAAACCGACACCUUAUCAACACCCAACACUUCCUUCUGUCUGCCUAUGGGAUCUGCCAGGAAUUGGAACAACAAGAUUUUCCGCUCGCCAAUACCUGGAUAAAGUUAACUUUAACACAUAUGACUUGUUUGUCUUAAUAACUGGAGAAAGAUUCAAGGAGAAUGAUGUAAAAUUGGCUAAAGAGAUUAAGAAAAUGGGGAAAGAGUUCUAUUUUGUUCGCAGCAAGAUGGAUACAGUUGAGGUAAACCUAAAUGAAGUAGGGCAACAUGAUAGACUUGAAGAAGUAUUUGAUGAAAUAAGAAUGUACUAUAAUAGAAGCUUAAAGGAAAGUGGAUUACCCACUUCACAAGUUUUCCUUGUUUCCAGUAGAUAUCCGCAUCGAUAUGACUUCAUGGAAUUCUUUGGUUGUUUGGAGUCUGAGCUACCAGAUAAGAAGAAGAAUGUGUUUGUGCUCUCACUACCAAAUCUUACAGAAGCUGUAAUUGAAAAGAAAAAAAAGGUUCUACGAGCAAAAGUUCUUCUGGCAGCUGUAGUUUCAGGUGGAAUUGGAGCAAUUCCCAUUCCUGGCGUAUCUGUUGCUUGUGAUAUCGGUAUCCUAGUAGUCACACUUCUGCAUAUGCGAAGCUACUUGGGACUCGAUGACGAAUCACUCUGCAGACUUGCCUGUAGAGUUAACAAACCUGUUCAAGAGCUGAAAGCAGAAAUUACAAGCCCAUUUGUGCUUAAUAUCACCCCUUCAUCUGUCAUAAAAUUGCUCACAUCGACUGUUUCUGGUGCUGCAAUGAUUGCUGAUGAGGCCCUUCUGCUAAUACCUGUGAUUGGGUCUGUUAUUGGAGCUACCGUCUCUUUUACUGCAACCUGCUUUUUGUUAAAUAGCGCACUGAAUGAUUUUGCAAAGUCUGCAUUGAAUGUGUUGAAAAAAGCAAUUGAAGACAAUUCAGAGGUACUUUAA